ACGUUGGUUCUCAUUCGUUCAUUUAGUGUCGUCCAACGCGGAGCUGCAAUAUAGUAAUUGUUAGGUAUGUACGUCUCAUACAUUUUCUGCUAUGCUCUUCUCGUUGCAUUGGCCUCUUCGUCGACGUUCACUCCACCCGACAUAUUGUGGUUGGACGAAAAGGAAGUCUGCAAGAAAAGUUUAAUUUCGGGAAAAACUCACGUGUGCAAAGUAUUGGACGACUGUAAGACGGCCAUUCAGGACAUUAGGGACAACGUCAAGUAUCCGACCAUUUGCAGUUUUAAAGGAAAAAUGCCAGUGGUGUGCUGUGCACCGGAGACUGUGACCAGAGAAGAAAGACUAGCCAUAGAUGAACCCGUUCCGCAAAUUUUACCCGGAAUAACACUGCAUUUUGAUAGCUACAAAAAUGGAUUGGUCGAAGAUAAUCUCAUCACCUACUCCCGACCUCGUCGUCAAAUUGUGUCACGAAUCCGAUGAAACUCACGAACAACACGCGAACGCAAUAUAUUAUAUUUUACGAAUCGUAAUAACCACUCAACAGUGUGAAUUCGAUUCCAAACCAAAUCGCAGAUGACAUUGUGUCGGUAGAUUGCUGCUGCGGUCCACACAUCUAUUAUUAUUGUUGUCCUGGGACUCGACGACUCGUCGAGGAAAUAAAAAUCACAAGACAUGUCGGACGGCGAUCGUACGAUCAAUGAUAUCAUACGAUUAUAUUAUAUCGCGACGUCACGCCGGCUCUCCUCCACUCGACGGUCCACGGAUUUUAUCACUUUUUAGAAAAUACAAAAUAAGUAUGCGGCUGUGUUUAAUAAUAUUAUAACGUGCGAAUAUUGAAGGCCUCGUUAAGUCGCAUGGCAUUGCAUCAGUCACCGGCGAUGUUGCGCGAAAACGGCUGAAUUUUCGCGUCGACUAAUAUUAUAGUCCGGAUUUUUAUCACCACCUGUUUGCAUAUACUAUUGUUAUAAUACCUACUACGACGGAAGGUACUUCAAUAUAAAGUUCGAGUUAGUACCAAUAUAGAGUCACUAACGUUGAAAAUCUCAACCGCAGACCACUAUAACUAUACCAUAAUAUCGUCCACUGACGAUAUUAUAUUUUUGCGAAGCGAUUAUACUGUGAAGGGAAACCGGUCAAUAUAUUAUUAUAAUAUUAUAUCCACAGUAGUAUUAUGGUUUUUUGUUUUUUGUUUUUUUUUGAAAUUACGAUAAUAAUAAUAAUAUACAACACGUGUCUGUGUGGGACCGCAAUCUAUUGUAAUACAUGCGUGUAUAGGUAUUAUCGUUUCGAACUAACGCAGCUAGUUUCGACCACGGACUGAGAGUAAUCGACGAUUUGUUGCAAUUUACGCUCAUACAGUUUUAUGUUCAUAUCAUGUGGUACGAAAUGUAACUGAUAUUUUAUAAUAAUACUUUAGGUGUUCAGCAUAAUUGUUUUUAUUUUGAUGUUGCCGAGUUCGGCGAUUAUAGCUGAUACGGAACACAUUUUAUUGUUAUUAUGAUUGUGUGCUAUGUACGACUUCAACCGUGUUCUUAUUAGUCGUCGUGAUUGAAAUCCGAAACCUGUGCAACGAUAAUACCUAUCUAUAAGUAUGUAAUAUUAUUAUAUAUUAUAAUAUUAAGUAAACUACACCACCACCAUCCGUCUCUCAGCAGCAGCCCGGCCGACACAACUACACUUUUAUAAUAUGUAUACAUGUUCAAGUCUGCCGCUUUUGGUUUGAAAAUUGGUUUUUAUUAUUAUUUUUUUUUUUUUAUCAUGUGCUUAUAAUAAGCACAGUUAAACACAAAUCAAAUAUUUACACUUUAUAAGUGCAAAUAACGAUAUUUACGAGUAUGAUCUUCCAGUGAUUUAUGUAAUCGCUAUUUUUCAUUUUUUUUUUUUUAAAUUAAUGUUUUUAUUGUAACAAUAAGUAAAAUAUCUAGUCAUUUUUGCUUUAUAAGCUAAUUAAAAAUAGUACUUAUAUACUUUGUUUUCAAACAAAAAUAAAGACAAGUGUUAUAAUAAUUAUA